GGUCGCGCACCGCUCAGCAGCACACGUAGCAAAUAUUAAUAAAAUUAAUUAAUAUUUCGCGAGUCGCGCGGCUCACAGCCGCUGCACCGACACCAUGGCGCUCGUAUCCAACGAGCUGCUGGCGUUCGUACAACACGUCGUCAACACCAUGGACGAAGAUGGCGUCGUGCAGCUGUACAGGUCCACCUACACCAACGAGGAGAUAUGCAAGGGCAGGCUCGUGCUGUACGAAGCGCUCGGCAAGACAGCGCAGAUGACGUCCCGGAGGAGAGACGGAAGCGAACGAAGCUUGCAGGACAUCAUCUCCCUGCUCAAGCAGACUAAUCCUGCUGAAUUGCCGGUGUUUGUGGCUAAGCAGCUCCACAAACUGCCGGCAGUAUCGACGGACCACGUCAACGUCUCCAGCCUGCUCCAGAAGUUCAACAUCAUGAGGGCAGAGCUGGACGAGAUGCGAGUUAGAUUGGAUGCCUCGGAAUCCACCAUCAUAUACAUCUUAACGAAUAAACAGUGGCGCAUACAAUUUUCAGUCCCCGUGUCGACGCUCGUGUCGGCGCUCAUGUCGAUGCUCGUGUCGAUGCUCGUAUCGACGCUCGUGUCAACGCUGCCCCGCUCUCGCACAGCACCUGCUUUAUCCAGCGACUAA